AUGGCGAAAAGGAUGACGCUCAAGGAGUUUGAGGCAGUCUUUCCCAAGCUGGCCGAGGUCAUCCUCGAUCAUGCCAAAGCUUGCAGCACGCCCCAGCAGGCUCUCGACUGGUUCAAGCAGAGCCUCGAAAUCAAUACGCUGGGCGGCAAAUGCAACCGCGGCAUGUCCGUCCCCGACUCCGUCUCCAUCCUGCUCAACGCCUCUCUAGACGAGAGGCAAUACUUCGAGGCUGCCACCCUUGGCUGGACGACGGAGCUGCUCCAGGCCUUCUUCCUCGUCUCCGACGACAUCAUGGACAGUAGCAUUACCCGUCGCGACAAGCCCUGCUGGUACCGCCACGACGGCGUUGGCAUGAUUGCCAUUAAUGAUGCCUUCAUGCUCGAGGCGUCCAUAUACGUCCUCCUCAAGAAAUACUUCCGCUCUCACCCGUCAUACGUCGAAUUCCUCGAGCUGUUUCACGAGACCACGUUCCAGACAGAGGUCGGCCAGCUGUGCGACUUGCUCACCGCCCCCGAGGACAAGAUCGACCUCGACAACUUCUCCAUGUCCAAGUGCCACUUCAUCGUCAUGUACAAGACCUCCUACUACUCCUUCUACCUCCCCGUCGCCCUCUCCCUCCACCUGCUCAACCGCGCCACUCCCAAGAACCUCGAGCAGGCCAAGGAUAUUCUUCUCGCCAUUGGUGAAUACUUCCAGUUCCAGGAUGACUAUCUGGACAACUUUGGCCUCCCCGAGCACAUUGGCAAGAUCGGCACCGACAUCAAGGACAACAAGUGCUCGUGGCUCGUCAACCAGGCACUCGAGGUUGCCGGCCCAGAGCAGCGCAAGAUCCUCGACGAAAACUACGGCCGCAAGGACGACGUCAAGGAGCAAGUCGUCAAGAAGCUCUACGACGACUUGAAGCUCAAGCAGCGCUGGGAGGCCUACGAGGAAAAGCGGACCGGCGAGAUCCGCGCCAUGAUCAACAAGGUGGACGAGAGCGAGGGGCUCAACAAGGACGUCUUCACUGCCUUCCUGGAUAAGAUCUACAAGCGAACCAAGUAG